CCAUCACUUCGCCUGGUCGACAGACUGGAAGCACCAUCUCACGCUCCGGGAAUGGGAUCUUCACUGGGUUCAAAGAAAAACUUCCAAUUCUUCCGAGUUUACGCUCUGCAGAAGCUACUUUUCAAGCUACAGGGAUAGCAAGUUGUGGCCGCAGGGGCAGGGUGAGCGCAGCAGAGAGCCGCCGGCCAAUGAUCUCCAAGACGCAGCAGAAUUUGUCUGAUUGUCAGGGAGCUCCAGACGACAGGAGUCAGCACAGUGUCAUAGACUUGGCUCUGUUUAACUUGGUUAUUCAGAUAUCCGUGCGUGCCAGAGUAAUUUCAACCGAAACGUGAGCGAAACCGGCGUGCGUAAAGUUGGAGCUAUUACGCACCGAUCAAAGUUAGUUCUAGGGGGCGGCGAAUGCAAGAAAGUGUAAAAGACCACAGAUUUGUUCACUUUUAAAGCCUGUGAGAAUACUAGCAGUCAUGGCGAAGUGGUUCAGAGACUUCCCCAUCAACCUGAAGAACGGGACUGAAAGGGUUCGCUCGGCCUCCGAAUCUGGUCCGCAAACUCGACCCAAACCCUCGUUCUCCCGAGACAGCUUGAAAGGGAAUCAGCGUAAAGAUGGAGGAGUUGGGGGUCUGUUGGCAGGUAGAAACAGGAAAAAUUCGGCUACAGAAUUGGGUCGCAGCAACGCAGGUUCAGGUGGGACUAUGUGGGACAGUCUAGCGCCAGGAAAAGGUCGCAAGAACUCCAAGAUCGAGGCUCCAGACGAGAACCGGCAGGUCAGGACCUCCAGUCUGGCGCAGGCGUACAUCAGCAGGAUGAUCAAAGUGGACAAACAGGACAAGACCCCCAAACUCAACGGGAUAAGUGAGCAGAAGCAGCCAGAGAACGAGAAGGGGAAGUCAGACAUUAAAACGACGCUGAUAAUCCUGGAGGACUAUGCAGAUCCUUUUGAUGCAGAGAAAACCAAGGAGCAGAGGGAGGCUGAGAGGGCCGGGAUGAAUGACGGGUACAUGGAGCCUUAUGACGCCCAGGUCAUCAUCACAGAGGUUCGCCGACGAGGCUCCAAAGACCUCCUGAAGGUGUGUGUCCUGCUGGACCGAGGACAGAGAGGAGGGAAGGCCGAGGAGGGGACGCCACCGCCGCCCCCCAACAUCUACGACACGCCCUACGAAGGCGGCCUGCAGGGCGACGGCGACGGGGUGUGGAUCCCCGUCACACGACCGGAGUCCGACGUCCGGCCGGCCGGGGAGUACGAGCUGCCCUGGGAGUGGAGGAAGGAGGACAUCGUGAGAGCGCUGUCAGCUCAGUUCGAGGAUUGUUCUCCCAGUAAGGAGAACGGCUCCACGUCCGGCCGCCAGCAGCAGCAGCAGCAGCAGCAGCAGCAGCAGCAGCAGCAACAACAGCAACAACAACAAACCCUGAGGCAGAAGAACUGGAACCACAAAACCCUUGUGUCUUCCUCUCCUUCCUCCUCCUCCUCUUCAUCCUCUUUCCCAUCCUCUCCGAUUCUUAAACUCUCCCCUCUCACGCCGUCGCCUCCUUCCUUCCCCACCCUGAAGCUCUCGCCCUCCUCCAGCCCAAACAAACUCUCCCCUCCAUCCCCCACCUCCCCCGCUGCCCCGCUGGAUGGGGAGACGGCCAAAGUGGACCCGGGGCUGCCGCUGGAGAAGCAAAGCUGGUACCACGGCAGCGUGAGUCGGCAGCAGGCCGAGGCUCAGCUGCAGCGCUGCAGGGAAGCCAGCUUCUUGGUGCGAGACAGCGAAUCAGGAACCAGCAAGUACUCCAUCGCUCUCAAGACCAGCCAGAGCUGCGUGCACAUCAUCGUGGCCCAGACUAAGAGCAGUAAGGGCUUGGUCUACACGCUGGACCAGAGCAGCUGCGUCUUCUCCAGCAUCCCUGAGCUGGUCUAUCACUACUGCGCUCACAGACUCCCCUUCACUGGGGCCGAGCACAUGACCCUGCAGCAUCCCGUGUGCCGGCCACAGCGAACAUGAAGGCCGCCGCUGACACACAGCUGAGACGUGCAUGACACAGAUGCGCACACAUGAACUCCUUAACACAUGUAUGUACUCAGAGACACGCCGCUCUGUGGCGUCUCGUGUUCCGCAUUAACCCUCUGAACCCCAAACACCUGCCUGUGGGGUUGAAAGGAUUGUUAUAACUUUAAAAAUUUGCCAAAACGACAUCAUUUAGCAGAGCUAGAAACUGUAAAAGCUGAGAAAAUGUUUGUAUUUUUCACCUUCUGACUGCCUUUGAGCCAAUCGUGUGAGAUGUGCAGUGAAGUUGGCAAAAAUAACCAAAUAUAAGCUUAAGAUUGCGAUAUUUAAUCAACACACAUUUAAAAGUUCACCAGAUA